AUGAUUGAAGGAACACAACUCAUGCCUUCUGACCCUCAACAACCAGAGAUGGUUUCAAUACUACAAUCUCGCUACACAAAGCUAGCUAACCAACUUGCCAAGCUAGAUUUUUCCAAUGGCGAGGUUCUCACCUUUGUAAUGAAGCAUUUAGCACUAUGCUCCAGCUCGGAGAUUCGCAUCAACAAUUUUCGGGUACUGAUCUAUCACCUCGAAGAUUGCGGAUAUCCAGCUCUAAUCGAGAAAUUCAAAGCUCUCCUUCCACAUAUGGAAGUUCUGCUCAAGAAUCUAGCUGCAACACAACUAUUGGUACCCAACCGAAAAUCAACCAAUGAACUGGUUAAAAACCAAAAGCUCAAUUAUCACGCAAAGUUUUACCAUCCACCAAUAACUCCAACGGCAGUCAGGGUCUUAAUCGCAAUCGCUACACCGUAG